AGUAGGUUGCCAAGAGGCCAGGGGCAGUAGGCAGAUCAUGACGGCAGAAGUGGGACGGGAAUGCCCAGGCAGCAGCUCUGCAGAUGAUUUACCCCAAGGAUGGUGCUUAUAGAAGGAAAGAACAAGCAAGUGACAGCGGCUGCCAAUAAAAAAAGGUCACUUAGCAAGUGAGAGAGGGGCCCACGGGAAGGAGUUGAGUUUCGAAGUGCUCUGAAGACAACAAAUAUUCAGAAUUUCUGGAAAAGCAGCGAGUGAGCAAUCUCAAAGGCUGGCCAAAGCAAGAUGUGAAGACUGAUUUCAGGAGCAUGAGUAUCUCCGUACUCAGUUCCACGUGUGACAGAAAUACACCCUGGUAGUUUUUGAGAAUUCAAUUUUUACUGUUGACUCAACACGCCUAAGAUGUCCCACGGGGAAGUAAGAGAGAAGUAAGAAGUGAAAGAGUCUCAUACUCGGAAGCCCUGCGAUAAGCCUGACAUGCCACCGUCUAUGUGUCAUAUGAGCAAAUGACGAUGGGAGGUGCAGCGUUAGCUGUAAUGGAGUCAUCAGGGAGAGAUAAAGAGGAAAAUAAGGGCUGGGUAGAUGUGAAAAAUAAGUUUAAAAAAAAAAAACAAACAGGGGGAACUGUACGUAAGCAUUUAUGGCUGGACAGAAGGAACGCUUAAGGAGUAACACUGGACCAAGGGGAGGCAAUAAGCUGUAAAACCGGGACCUCCCAGCAGAAUCAGGCAGGAGUAGGCAAUAGCUGGAUGGCAUCAAAGGGCUUUUUAAAAAUUCUUUAUUAUUGUUAUGCUGCUACUAAAGCAAGUUCAUACUGCAGGGCCGGGUUUAGAAAACCAAAAGCUGAGCCUCAGGACGAGGGUGAAAGCAGGGGCAGCAGGAGCCCCGCAGCUCACUUGCCAACUCCUGCUCUUGCUUUUCCAUUUCUGCUUUUUUAAAACAUCCGAGACAGGGUUAUAUCCAACGCUACUUUAUACAUCAGUUAUUCUUGUAAUUCAGUCGUGGCUCCUUUCACGUUAUAUGGCGCUGAAUUAACUACAUUAUAAAAUGGAACCGAUAUAAAUUAUAACCAUACCACCUGUCAAACUGGUCAAUGAUUGCACCACAACGGCAGAAAUGAUAGGGUUGGAAGGGGCCUGUUUUUCAGCCCAGCACCCAGUAUCAAGCAGGAUUUUCUUCUCCACUAAUGCUAAAAGCAUUUUAUCUGAGCUGUAUCAUUAUAUUACAAACAGCAGCGGCUGCACAAGGAAAGUACAUUCUGAAACCCACUUGCCUGCACUGCUGCAUUUUUUUCCCCUCACAUCCAACCUGGGCAAUCUAGUUUUACUUUUCUGUGUAUCCAGCCAAAUAUACUGUUAAUCCCCACGGUAUGUAUAUAAGCUAGUAAGCCGAAAAACAUGUCCUGUUGCCCAGCCCACGAGGUAGCAGCAGUGUGACCCUGCAUUCUCUCGCACUCGAGAGCUCAGAGCGUUCCCCUUCAGGUACAACUCACUGCAGGUAGGCUGUUUUCCAGAAAUACCAAUCAUCUGUCAUUUAAAGUUUUCAUAAUUAAUCCAUAAGUAAUAUUUAGCGUGUCACUUUCAAAAAGCAUCUUUAAAACCCCGAUGAGUAGCUGACAAUCCACCAAGUCCUGGUCGACGCAGCACUUCUGGCCAAACUCCCCAGUUUAGAGACUCACCUAAUUGGCAAGAGCUUUAUUAGCUACAUAUGGUUUAUAAUGAUAUUACAGCUUGUGAAAACACAUAUUGAGAGAUUAGAUAGUCUAGAUAAGAGCUAUUUCACAUAUAGACAGUACCAGAGAAGUAGAUAAAUCAUUUAUUGGCUAAACAAAAAUUCUGCAGAGCAAGAGACGGUGCUACAGCUCGAUAAAGGUUUGGGGUUUUUUAAGUCAAAUAAAACAAUCAGAGCAUAGAAUGGUCACGCUUGGAACAGUUAACCGACCUGCUCUGCAACUUAGUGCUGCGUUAUGAAUGAAAAUGGCUGUAAAAACCUGGCUGCAGCUAUGGGCUGUGUAAUGCAACUAAGCAGCACUUCAUUUAUUCUCAUUUAAGUUCAUUUUAUGCAUCUUUUCUAAAAUAAUCUUUGCCAACAAGCGGUCUUAGCUUUUUGUGCUGUAGCACUGGAAGAAGUUUUCCUUAAGUAUUUCACGCAAAUUUGUAUCUAAAGAAAACCACCUCCAACUUUUGUGACGUGUAAAGAAAUUGGCUUUCGGCCAAGCGUCAGAACUCUGAAAGUACUUCUACCCCAACACCUUUCCUGCUUCCCCGUUUCCCCACGGAACUUCCCAGGAUUAAAGUCCUUCUCGAGUUUUUUUCCUAAAGACUCGAUGCCACAGCUUGGAACACACAGGUACCCACAGCACACACGCAAUUCUACCCCUGGGCUAUGUACCAAAUAGGAAUUUUCUGCCAUUUGGGAGUUGCAGUGAUUUUACAGUAUUUAUAAUGAAUUGAUAACUACAAACCAAGCAGCACAGACCUUGCGUAAAAAAAACCAACCUGCAGUCUGAUAGAGUAACUCAGCCCAAACUGAGUAGCCAUUUGUAGCAUUUCUCUGGUAUUUAUUCCAUCAACACCUCCUUAAUUUUUAAUUAAGAGAUUUUUCUUUGGUGCUUAUUUGCUACAGAAUAACACCUCAGAAUCUCUAAAUAUAAGACAAAUUAUUUCACAAAAGCACGGCAGCUCUCAGUUUUGGUUGUCAGCAUCAGAUAAAAACAUACUUUGAAGGUAAUAACUUUAGUUCAUUAGUCUGAGGAGUUUCCAUAUAAACAGCAGAACCACCACAGUACAAAAUUCAGCAUGUGAUAAAUGAUCAGCCUACAGUUCGAGAAAUUACGAAUUGUAAAGGUGUAGAGAAUAUACAGUCACAUCCAUUAAUUGUGAGUGACACGCAAAUACUCUCAGAGCAAUCGUCUUUUCAGCUUUUCAAGAAAGGGAACAGAAUGGAAUCCCGAAAACCACCACAAAAUGAGGCUUGCGUCGUGAUGCCUUUUCACAACGCCAAAACAAUCUCCAAAGUAAAACGCUCAGAAACUUUUCCUCCUAGCACGUUACAGACUAGCUCACCUUCGCACGCAGCACGAGCACCCGCGCGCUUCCUAGUACAGUAAUUUUUAAGUACUGGUUGUUUAGGACGUACGGCCUAUAAAAAUGAAACCUCAGAGCUACAUACUCUCACCCCAGGUUAAAAAUAACCCCCCCCCCGCCCGCGCUCUCCACCGAGAGCCGCUGACUGCGCUGGCAGGGAAUGGAGCUGCCUCUCCGGCGUCCCGGGAGAGCCCCGGCGCGGAUGACAGACACCACCAUAACAAACCCGCGUGCUCCCAAGCAGCCCGUGUAUUUUAAGUAGUAAAUCUGAAAGCCAGAGACCGAACCCAGCUGGCUCCGGAGCUCGCUCCCCUCCAGCGAGGGCGGCUGUAACGCGGGGAAGGGAGGAGCCUGCGCCGGCCACAAACUUGGGACUCUCUGGGAGAGGAAAAACAAGUGCGGGGCGGGCAGGGCAGCACACACGGCACGGCACGGCACGGCACGCUGCCCCGCCGCCCAGCACCAUGUUCUCCGGCAGAAACAAGCCAGGGCUUUGGAGCCGGCGUCGUGCCUGGGAAACGCGGCUCAGCCGAGGCGCGGGGGUCCGGCUGCGCCGGGGGAUGUAAAACGCGAACUGGAGAAAAGCUGGUAAGCAGCGGAGAAGAGACACCAGCUAAAAUCACUAUGUGGAGCUGUGAAACCUUGAACAACAGUACGGGGAGCAGCGAGGACCAGCAUCUCUGCCAUGACUUCCACCUUGUGCUUUCCGUCUUUUCCCUACUCUACCUCAUCAUAUGCUUCCCAGUCGGGCUGUGUUACAACGGCUUGCUGGUCCUAGUUAACCUCUACAACAAAGCCACCAUGACUAUGCCAGAUGUUUACUUCGUCAACAUUGCCAUCGCUGGUCUCAUCAUCAACGCUCUGGCACCGAUGUACCUUCUAGGGCUUGCCAAUACAAAAUGGGCCAUCUGGAAUUCCAACAAUGAAGUUUAUAUUACUUUACUUAUUUUAUUCAACGUCUCCUCUUUGGUUACCAUGUACUCUACUACGUUGCUCAGUCUGGACUACUACAUAGAACGUGCUCUACCUAGAACUUACAUGUCAAGCGUGUACAACACCAAGCACGUUUGUGGAUUCAUAUGGGGUGGUGCCAUGCUCACAAGUUUUUCAUCUCUCCUGUUCUACGUCUGCAAUCACGUAUCCACUAAAAUCAUCGAGUGUUCCAAGAUGCAGAACAAAGAAGCAGCAGAUGCCAUCAUGGUCUUUAUCGGGUACGUCGUACCAGCUAUCGCUGUACUGUAUGCACUUAUAUUAAUCUUGCGAAUACGCAAAGAGGCGACACCACUGGAUCAAGACACUGGACGAUUAGAUCCAUCGGUGCACAGGCUUUUGAUUGCCACAGUCUGUACACAGUUCACCUUAUGGACACCCUACUAUGUUAUUCUCUUGGUAAGCACAUUUACUAACGCACAAGGAAGAAUCGCAGAUGAAAAUUACCGCCGAAUAUUACAUUUUACCAAGAUUUUGUCAAAAUUCUUGGCUUUCUCGAGCAGCUUUGUAAUGCCUCUGCUCUACAGAUAUAUUAACAAAAACUUUCCCAACAAAUUACGACGUUUGCUUAAAAAGAUACACUGUGGGAAUCAAGGGUGUUCUCACGAACGCACGGUAGUACAGCAAGUGAUGACAUAGGUGUGAAACCCCCCCGGGUGCCCAGUCCCUGCAGGACUUCGCGUCCCAGCGCUGGGACGGUGACAGCAUGGCCAUGGCACUCCACUCGGAGGCGAUACUGGGAGCCCCAACCCAGCGGCUGGAAGGAGCGUUCCAUUACAGUUAAAUGAAACAGUCUUAAUUUUCAAAUAGUUAGUUGUUUGCUGAAGUCUUGUGAGACUCGGGUCCCCCUGCUGCAAUACCUGGGACAGCCGACACUUUCAGUGCACUGAACUGCUUUUAAAGCAUGAACUCUGUCGUUCUAAUAUUCCCGUCUGAAGAACUCACUAAGCAGUUUAUUGAAGUCUUGACUGAAGACACAGCACCUUGUAUCUUGUAUAGGAAAAGGUAUUGCCUUAUUUUCUGUACAAAGAAGUAACAGUGCUUUCCUUGAUGAAGUAAAUAGUAUUUUUCGAUGAAGAUUAUAUAGAUGAUCUUUGCUAGAGAUCACAUUAUCCAAUUAUACAUGCCUGAGUAGUAAAUGUUAAUUAUAAAUUAAAUUAUUUAAUUUCUUUCUCCAUCACUGAAUCCCCUCUAAAAGAAGCCUAAUUUACCGUUUUCCGAAAUUAUUUUCUCGCACAAACUAACCUAAGUUUUAACGUUUAUGGUAAAGUGAUUAUUUUUUUUCUAGAUAUAACAAUUAACAAAAAUGUGUUUUAUUUUUCCAGUGCUUUGUUUGCAUCCUAAAACAUUUCAAGAAUUCAGAAAUAUUUAUUAACUAAUUCUAAGGGAACUGAGAGAUGUUUGUUCCGCGUAUUAAAAUGAAGGACACGGUGGUUUACAAAGUUAAAUCAAAAUUUAACUAGUAAAGAAUGUCUGGCUAAGUGUUAUGGUCCACAUAUGUUCAUGUAACAAGAGUAAUUAUCUUAAAAAUAAAUAUGUUUAUGAUUAACAUUUUGUAC